AUCAUCAUCCAUACGUCCUUCUUGAAUUAGCUAUUCAUGGUAAUUUACGUGAUUUUCUACGAAGUCGUCAUCGUCAAAGACCACCACCUGGACUCAAUUUUUGGGCAGAUGAACGAACAAUCAAUUCAUCAUAUGUAAUUUUAAAGAAUUCAAAUGAUUUCAAAGAAAUAUUCUCUGAUAUUACAAUUAAACGACAAAGAGUGGAGUUGUUAACAAUUGCAAUGGAUAUUGCCGAUGCUUUAUUAUAUUUUGAAAGAGUAUCUGUAAGUUUUAAUGAUAUUAACUGUCAAUUAAUGUUUCUUUUAAUCGGAAGGUUUAAAA